GAAGAUUUGUGUUUUUCUUUUAACGAGUUAUAUAACGUUUUUGUUUUUUAGUGUAUCUAAGUAAAAGUGUCGGUUUCGGUAAACUGUGUUCUGAAUUUAUAUCCCGAGCCCCAUAGCUCGUAACAAAUUGGUGUCAGGAGUGCGAUGUGAAUCAUUCCGGUUAUGCCGAAAGAAGACACUGAAGGGAUUCGUACACGAAGUCAACAGCGACAACAGGCGAUGGAUCAGCGACGUUUUAGUGAAUCUUCUGAUUGGACAUUAGAUGGUCAGCAAACAACUGACUCUGUUUUAACCGCCAGCACCACUGGCGCUACUCCAGCACCUGCUAUGCUUGAUUUAUCUGUAUUGUUGACGGCGUUGCAAGAGCAGACCAAUCAGUUGAAAAAUAUGCAAGAGCAGGCACGUCAAAUGAAAGAAGAACUCCAGCGAGGCCAAGAAGAGCAGGCACGUCAAAUGAAAGAAGAACUCCAGCGAGGCCAAGAAGAGCAGGCAAGUCAACUGAAGGAACUGCAUGCAACGAUUGGCAGCGAUUUAAAGGUAAUCAAGGAGCAGGUUGAGUACCAUGAAGAGCAGGUACAACGGCAUGAGAAUCGAAUUUCCAAAGCUGAAGUGAAGAUCACAGAUGUUGAGAAAGCUUUGGUCAAGCUCAUAUCUGAGACUGGGAAUGCCACUCCCGUUAUAGCUACACCGGCAGUACAUGGAUUUAAAGUACCGCCUUUCGACGGGACAUCUUCAUGGUCGGCUUAUAAAAUUCAGUUUGAAGCCGUGGUGAGGAUGAAUGGAUGGACUAAAGCACAGGCCAUGACAGCACUCACGUUGGCCCUCCGCGAUCAGGCCUUGACUAUACUAGAGGCCCUCAGUAAGGAUGUCACUUAUGACCAACUGGUGGAGGCAUUGGAGUCCAGAUAUGGAGACAAGCAUCUUGAGCACGUGUAUCGGGCGCAGCUUAAGGACCGUGCGCAACGUAGUGCCGAGACUCUACAGUGCUGGGCAUUGGAAGUUGAGAAGCUGGACUGA